AUGGCUUGUUGUCUACUUUACCGUGGUGAUGUUGUCCCGAAAGACGUCAACUCGGCCAUUACAACAAUCAAGACAAAGCGGGCAAUUCAUUUCGUUGACUGGUGUCCCACUGGGUUCAAAAUUGGUAUAAACAAUCAGCCACCAGCUGUCAUUCCUGGUAGCGAUCUUGCUAAAGUACAGCGAGCCGUAUGCAUGCUGUCGAGUACGACAGCCAUCGCCGAGGCUUGGGCACGACUCGACCACAAAUUCGACUUGAUGUAUGCCAAACGAGCAUUUGUUCAUUGGUACGUUGGUGAAGGCAUGGAAGAAGGUGAAUUCAGCGAAGCGCGAGAAGAUAUGGCAGCACUAGAGAAAGACUACGAAGAAGUUGCCACCAACAGCGUUGAUCUUAUAACUGAACAAAUGUGUGAAACUCUUUCACGACUACAAAAAGGAGUUUAUUAUUUUGGUAAAGAGUUUUAA